GGGCCGGGGCGGGCCGGGAGCCAGGCGGGCCCGCGCCUGACGUCACGCCCGGGAGCCAGCCUGGAAUCUGGGCUGGCACCGCGCACGCCGGGUCCUAACGCCGGGGACGGCCCCGCUCCGGUGGGGGUGCACCGGGCCGGUUUUCCACACCCCCCCCCCCCCCCCCCUCCACUCCACUCUACUUCCACUCCGGGCUGCGGGGAUUGCGGCUCCUCGCGGGGGCGGACACCGCACACCGUGGGCCGCCUGGAGCUGCGGAGCGGGUGCUUCUGGCGGGGGGUGCUGGCGGAGGCAUCGGCGACGCUCAUCUUCGUGGGGGUGGUACUGGGCGCCUCGGCAGCCCCCGGGCCCCUGGCGCCGGCGCUGGCCGGGGGGCUGGCGGCCGGGGCGCUGGCCUGCACCCUCGGGGCACCCCAGGCCAACCCGGCACUCACCCUGGCCCUGCUCUGCACCCGCAAGCUGGGUGCCCUGCGCGGGGCUGCCGGGCUCCUGGCCCAGUGCUCCGGGGCCGUGCUGGCCGCCGCCGCCGCCCGCCUGGUGCUGCCGGACGACGCCAGCCUCAUCACCAGGGUGAGUGCGGCAGGGACGGCGAGGCAGGCGCUGGCCUGGGAGACCUUCGCCACCUUCCAGCUGGCUCUGGUCGCCUUUGCUGCUGCCGACCGGGCAGCCCCCCAGGGCGGGCUGGCCCUGGGCAGCGCUGUGGCUGCCGGCGCCCUGGCCGCGGGGCCGUUCUCGGGGGGCAGCAUGAACCCGGCACGCUCGCUGGGACCGGCCAUCGUCACCGGCGUCUGGGACGACCAUUGGGUGUACUGGCUGGGGCCAGUGCUGGGUGCGGUGCUGGCCGGGCUCUCCUACGAGUUCGUCUUUGCCCCCGGUGCCUCCCGGGAGAAACUGGGUGCCUGCCUCGCCUGCCGGGACGUGGCGCUGGUGGAGACCACCAGCCCGUCCCCCUCCUCGCCCUCCGCCCGUGGCCCCCGGCCCCCCCAGCUGAGCGGGGCCAGGGCACAGCCUGAGCCCCCCCCAGCCCCCAGCUCUGACCCAGCCUACGGGAGGUGGCACGGGGAUUAA